AUGUCCGAUCAACCCCCAUCAUUUGAAGAGUCCAUGACCACCAACCCGCCGAUAUUCAAGACACAGUUUGCCUGCAUGACGCUCAAUAUGAUGGACCGUAUCCGUCUUAUUAACUUCACCGAAGUCGAGGUUCAAGCGGUUAAGCAAAUCGUCAAGACUCGCUGGAAGCCAGGCCUAGUUCAGUCACAUCCGUACGGUGAUUCUACCGAGAUUUGGCUCCGUGGAAGACCAUGGGCGUAUGAUUCCAACGGCAAUGAUGAUGCGAGACGACUUAUUCUAUGGAUACUGGAGAGAUUGUUUGAUCAUGGUUGGGUUGUACAAUGUUCGCUGGAUAUCACGAAGAAAUCUGAAAGCAAAGUCGACUCGCCUCCAAAAGACCUGACGGACGCCAUUCUGCAGACAUUUAGCUGCGAAGUACGAAGACGUGAGAUAACAUCAGAAAAGUUCAAGAUUCAUUUAGGCGUUCAGCCGUGGGAGCCUUCGGGAACAGAUACCGUUACAACGAGAAUACUGUUGCUUAGGCUGAUUGAAACACUCGAGAGGCGUGGAUUCACGAUCUAUGCGACGAUUGGGAGUAAAGGAGAGGAUGAUGAGGGUGCUGCGGAUUUGUUGAUUUGUCACAGGGCGGCAGAUUGGGUUCCUGGAGCGCCUAUCUGGCAUAGAUAG